AUGACGGAAGCGUCAACAUCGGCCGGUGGGAAACAACGAGCCUUGGAAACGAGAAUGCCAAAGCGCGGAGGCUAUACACGACCGAGCGAUGGACCCGAACCGAUCACGAUUGAACACCGCGCACCGCGACCUCGGGCGAGAUCACCCAUGCCACAAGUCACCGAGAGUCGCAAGGUCGAAGAAAGAGCACCUCGCGUCGAAUUUGACGAAAGAACACCUCGAACACAGCCUCGGAUCAUACAGCAUGGAAUCGGCGGGCUCUCAAACACGGGCGUCGAGGUUCUCACUCGUGCCCGGUCUCGCCAGGACGAUAUACAAGUCCAGGGCGAUACAUGGGUCGAGAUCAAAAAGAAUCGCAACACACGGCGUGUUGGAGAGCGACCCUCCCGUCCCUAUGGCCCUGGCCCGAGUAGCUGA